GUAUUUCAGAUAAUAUUAACUACCCCCAUUUAAUGUUGUUACCCAAUUUAUAAAAUCGUCUAUUCAAUCAUCAUCAUCAUCAUUUAAUACCACAACGAAAGAUUAAAAUCCUGAAAACCCUAAUUUUUUGAUAGCAGAUGAAAAGUGUCUUUCUAGAAAUUUGCAUAUAUUUUUGAAUGAUUGCUUGUUUUCUGUAUAAAAAACCGGCAAUAAUUAGAGAACCAGCAGAAGAAAUUGGAAGAUGGCUACGGAGGAUACAACGGCGGCGUCCAGCGGUAGAUCUGGCGGCGACGGAGCAUCGGCGGAUUCGUACAUCGGCAGCUUGAUUAGUUUGACUUCGAAGAGUGAGAUCAGAUACGAAGGUAUACUGUACAACAUCAACACUGAGGAGUCCAGCAUCGGCCUACGCAACGUGAGAUCAUUUGGAACAGAAGGACGGAAAAAAGAUGGACCACAAGUCCCUCCUAGCGACAAAAUUUACGAAUACAUACUGUUUAGAGGAACUGAUAUAAAGGAUUUGCUGGUCAAAGCUUCCCCUCCAGUUCAGUCUACACCGCCUGUUAACAAUGAUCCUGCAAUUAUUCAGUCGCAUUAUCUACCUCCGACAGCCCCACCUACAAGCUUGCCUACAGGUCCUAAUGGGUCUUUAGCAGAUCUUGGUCCCCAUUCUGCACCUAUGGGACUCCCUGGGUCAAAUUUCCAAAGUGGCCUGCCUCUAUAUCAACCUGGAGGGAACUUGAAUUCUUGGGGCCCUACUCCACCUAAUGCAAAUGGUAGUGGAUUACCUAUGCCAAUGUAUUGGCAGGGAUUCUAUGGCACACCUAAUGUUCUUCCACAACUAUCGCAGCAGUCCUUGCUUCGGCCACCUAUUGGCAUGUCAAUUACUCCGUCUAUGCAACAGAUGCAAUUUCCUGCUUUCAAUUCAUUUUUACCAACAGCUGCAUCGAGCCUGCCCAGUUCUACUUUGCCUGAUCACCAUUCUUCGUUUAUUCCCAACAGCACAAGUUCUUCUAGUUUGCCCUCUAGCAGUUUGCCUGCUUCAACUUUGUCUUUGAAUAUGCCCCCUAUGCAACCUGCUUCUUUGGCAUCUGAAAUAAUGACCAAUCUGUUGCCAAACAAGGCUCCUGUGUCUGUCAUCCCUACAUCAAUGCUGAGCUCUAGCUUGCCAUCAUUGGCUCCAUUUUCAGUUCCUGAUAAUGCAGGAACAACUUCUAUUACUAGCAAGAACGUAGUACCUGGCCCAGCAGCUGUAACUGAGCAGACCAUAUCUCGGCCUGUAACAUCUAUUGCUGGGACAUCUAGUUUUGGUCUAAUAGAGACUCCACCGCCUUUAAUAACCCCAGGGCAUCUGUUACAGUCUGGACCAUCUACUGCUUCUGCACCUCAAUCUUUACAAAUAACACACAAGGAUGUGGAAGUAGUUCAAGUGUCAUCAAAGCCUGUGGCAGAACCGCCAGCUCCUGUAGCAACGGAAGCUCAACCACCUAUAUUACCUUUGCCACCAAAUGCUCGUGCGCACAAGCUAAAUGGUGGCCCUUAUUAUGCGCGCAACAAUUACAGAGGGCGUGGGGGAAGAGUAACUGGGAACCAGCGGCCAGUUAUGAAAUUUACUGAAGAUUUUGAUUUUAUGGCAAUGAAUGAAAAAUUCAAGAAGGAUGAAGUUUGGGGCCAUCUGGGAAAAAGUAAUAGGUCGCAAUCUAAGGAUAAAGAAGGACACGGUGAUGUCAGUGAUGAGGAAGAUAGAGAGGACGAGGAUGAUGUUGAAUUGCCUAAUGUUGAAGUCAAGCCUAUUUACAAUAAGGACGACUUCUUUGACUCCCUUUCUUCCAAUGCCCUGAACAAUGAUCCUAAUCAUGCAAGGACAAGAUACUCGGAGCAAAUAAAGUUAGACACACAGACAUUUGGAGAAUAUUCAAGGUAUCGAGUUGGUAGAGGAGGCCGGGGACCAUAUCGUGGUGGUGGUCGGUAUCGUGGGUCUUCCUAUGGAAGAGGAGGUUAUGGAUAUGUAAAUAGGGGACGUGGGCGCAACAUGCAGAGUCCAGCUUCCUAGUGACGAUCAGCAUAGAAACUUUUUUGUAAUGUUUGUAUUAUGAUUGUGAUUCCGGCAGCACUAAUUGGUCAGCGGUGGCGUCGACCUACCUCACCCACAUAUGUUGCUGCCUAUAACAGAACUGAAUCUUCACAACUCGUUUCUAUAGCUGCAACGCUGAGCGAGUUACCUCUGUACACCCUUUUGAUGAUUCACUUCUUCAAUCCCCCAUUUUCUUCAA